UGCCUGGGUUUUAGACUGUAGAGGGACAACGAUAUAUGGAGGAGCUUCCGGCUUAAAAUUUUACAUCACGAUGAUAUAACAGAUCCCUAACUGCCGACUGCAGCAGUAAUUUUUUUACUUAUUCCUAGACGCUACGCAUCCUAACUCUAAAAUUACAAAAUGCGCAUUCUUAGAGAUAAAUCAGAAUUAGCGACCAUUUUACCACGUUUGGAGUCGAACUUUCCCAGAUCAUUACCGGUUUACCACAUGGUACAACAUGCUUUUACGGAAACGUACGCUUGGCCAGGGAUGGAAAUCGUCGUGGAUCAGUAUCCUGAUUUCGCCGUUUGUAUUGUCCGUCCACAAAAGAAUGACAAGAAUUUCGUUCCAAUGAUGAAUGGAUAUCAAGUCUUUUUAUACUCUGAAAACGACGAGAUUUUGCGCCGUAUGCUAUUCCAUGAAGAUGUCAUCGACUGGACACAGUUUAACAUCAUGUUUGCAGACAUAACGGAGCCCGAGCAUUUACAAAUUUUUAACGAAGGACGAAGAAUAAUCGGCGGCACGUUCGAAGACUACGACGACACGGAAGGCUACCCAACCGGAGAGCGCUGUUAUUACUUUGACCUGGAUAAGAUGCAUCUCGAUUACGCAGUUCCUGACGGUUUUCGCGAGGGUAUUCUUCUCCCAGAUCACGCCGAACAGAUGUCCAUUGAGCGCAAUUACGGAGUGCGGAACAACAACGAGCAGUUUUUUAACCACAUGUUAUCCCACAAUUUUCCCAGCUUUGCACUAUUUCCCCACGAUUCCAACCUACCGGCAGCGUACUGUCUGUACAAGUGCGAAGGAACUCUGGGCGCAGCUUAUGUUCAUCAUGAAUAUCGCGGGAGAGGUCUGUAUAAGGUCAUCUUGCGAGGGAUCUUGCGGGAACUCCGAGAUUUGGGGGAGAAGCAUGUGUGGGCGGAAACGCCGACAUCCAAUCUGGUUUCACAGAAAGGCCUGAAAGGGGUCGGAGGAAACGAGUUUUCGGAGAAUUAUAUAGUGCACUGGAUUAACGUCUGGCCAGGUGGAAAACCAACUUAACCUCCUAUAGUACAACAUGCAUGUAUCGCACCUCAACAUUAGUUCCUUGCAACGCGGUACAUACUCGCGCGUACUAUAAUUUACUUUACUGAUAAGAUUGUUGUAAUUAAAACAUUUUCCGGGUCCUGGUUUUUAUCCUGGAUAUACCUAGUCUAAAUCAAACUACGCGCAUAUGUCAUAUAAAAAUUUCCAUAGGGCACUGUCUACAAAUAA